AUGCCCACCCCAUACAAGCCUCAAGAGCCCAUCGUUCGUGACCUCAGUGAUUUUAUCUAUCGCACCGAGAACCGAACCAAGGCCUUCCACGAAGCGGUGGCCUCUGCCAUCGAUCCCAAAAAUGGCGGAGCAGACGAGAUGAGGGACGAAGGCAUUAAAACCCUCGAAGACUACCUGGAAUACGUGGACAACCUGCUGCGAUGGGUGCCCCAAGUCUCCACAACCGGCGACGAGCUUCUCACUAAGAUUCUCGUUUUCUACUGGGUCUUCGACCAGCCUUCUCUUCGCGGUCUGCAGACCGAAAUCCAGCCGCAGAACUCCAACACCGACCUCACCUGGCUGUCAUACUGGCUCGUGACCUUUGCCCGCGAGCAAGGUAACUUCAUGAACUCACCCCAGUCAGCUGCCUCCCUGUAUUCUUUCUACAUCAAUAAGCAAUACAACAAGGAGGCGAGUCAAUGGGCGGAGCCCAAGUCCGGAUGGCUGUCCUUUAACCACUGGUUUGCGCGCGAGUGGAAGGACAUUGACACCUCUCGUCCUCUUGACGGCAAAGGCGACGAUAAUGUCAUUGUCAGCGUGGCAGAUUCUAUGUAUGAUGGCUGCUGGCCGGUUGAUAACGGUGACAUCGUGAUCACCAUCGAUGCCAAGUCUGUACAGUGGCCCAUCAACAAGUUGCUGCAGACCACUGGAACAACCUUCAACGAAGGCAAUUUCAUGCACGCAUUCCUGGGACCCACCGACUACCAUCGCCAACAUGCUCCAGUCAGCGGGAAGGUCAUUGAGGUCCGCAACAUCCAAGACCAAGUGUAUCUGCAGGUGGCCAAGAAGAAAGAAGGUCACGGACUGCGUGGUGAUCGGGGCCUGACUCGUGACGUCCACGAGAUCCACAAACGCCAGGCAAAGAAAGGAAAGCAGUUUUUUGAGCUGGACGCGCCCGACGACGCCGGAUACCAGUGGUGUCAGACCCGGGGGCUGAUAGUCAUUCAGACCGAGAAGUAUGGCAAGGUGGCGGUCCUGCCUAUUGGUAUGGCGCAGAUUUCUUCCGUUGUGUUCACAGUCAAAGAAGGAGAUCAUGUUGAAAAGGGUCAGAAUAUCUCGUAUUUCCAGUAUGGAGGAUCGGAUGUGGUUGUCGUGUUUGAGAAGAGAGUCAAAUUCCGAAGCGAUCUUGAGCCGGGCCAGACCAAGUUGAAUGUGAGGACGGAACUGGCCACAUUCACCUGA